AUUGGCCGUCAUCAAAGGUGAUCUAUUUCCCGCCAGUUGUCCCCACGCUAAGAACGCCUAGAGAACAUCCAGUAACACACAGGAAGCAGCUGCGCGGUCCAAGCGGGCCUAGCCUGGAACCAACGGCUGUGCACCUGUCCAUAGAUCGCCCACUCACUAACUCUUUGACCUUGGAUGAGUCACUCAAACUUCUUUGUGUCUCUGGGGAUCUUCCAAACAGUGCUGCCCAUCUCACCAGCUUGUUAAGAGAAAUGUUAUGUGUAAGCGUACGGUGCAGUUGAAAGCGUUACGCAAAUUAAAGGAUUGAUGCGAAUCCUGGAGACGUUUUUACGCCAGCUCUACCUCAAAUUUUCCAUUCUCCGCGGCAGCUUUAAAGGACACCUCCUUUACGCCCGCUGCCGCCGCUCCAGCACCGCAAACGCAGUGGCUCCGCCCGCGGGGGUAGCUUUCCCAGAUCUCUCCAUCCCCACUGACAAGCACAAAGCCCGAGCGCCCGCCGCAGGCGCAGCUCUGAGACCACCGCGGAGCUGCGAGCGCUCGGCAGCUCAUAACUAGCGCUACCUCCAGGGCAGCCAUUUGGUUUGGUGUAAACUAGGGUCGCCUCUGUAUCACUGUCGAACGCUCUUCAGGCCCUGCACAUCACAGCCCUUCCAGUCUCUAAUCAUCCACAGCCUCAGCCCUGCCUUGGUCGGCCAGUGCCAAGCCUUCUACGCCCCCUCGCUUCAUAUUUGAUUUCGGCGCGCGUCAAGCCUGAGGACGGCUGUGAUUGGUGGAAGCGAAGCAAACGUCCUAUAGGAUUGGCUGAUAAUGGCUAGAGAGAACGUCGGGAGGGAAAGACUAUUGAACGAUGAUUGGCUCCUGAAGGGGGCGGGCGGACUGAAAGGCGGAAGCCCGAGUUGGGGGCGGGGCUUCGCGGAGGACCGGAGCAGGAGCGCGAUGGAAGUGGUUAGGUGUCCCGAGCAUGGGACUCUCUGCUUUCUGAAGACCGGAGUCCGCGAAGGUCCGAAUAAAGGAAAGAGCUUCUAUGUGUGCCGGGCAGACACGUGCGGCUUCGUGCGGGCCAUCGAUAUUCCUGUUUCUCAUUGUCUAUUGCAUGAGGAUUUUGUGGUAGAGCUUCAGGGUUUGCUCCCACCACAGGACAAGAAAGAAUACAGAUUGUUCUUCCGAUGCAGUAGAAGUAAGGCAGAGGGGAAGCACUGGUGUGGAAGUGUCCCGUGGCAGGAUCCUAAUUUCAAAGAACAUUCUGUAACCAGUAAGUCUCAGCAUGCAUCUGAGUCAUUUCAUCAUCUUUCCAGCCAGCAGAGAAACCCAUUCAAGGUACUUGAUAAGAAUCAAGAACCAGUUCUCUGGAAGCAGUUUAUCAAAGGUGAAGGUGAGCAAAAGAUGUCUGAUAAGAAGCCAAGGGAAAAAGGAGACCAGCUCUUUGACCAGAAGAAGGUACAGAAGCCUGAAUCUAACCGUGGGUUGGACAAAGAGCCAUCAUCUGGCCUGGUAAUAAAGAAGAAUCAGCAUGUAGUUCAAGAGAAGAAGCAAGUGAGGAGGACAGAGCUUCAGUGUGAAGCCAAGGAGCCUGGAGACACACAUAAAAGGAACUUUUCUGAAAUUAAACCCACCCAGCAUCAUGAUAACGAGCUGAGAAGACCACCUGCAUCUCAUCAGGAGCGAUCAAAUCAGAAAAUUCAAGAUGCCCGAAAAGAAUCAGAACCUCUGAGAGAAAAGGAAACCCAGCUUUUGCCUCGAAAUGUUCACAGUCAGAACUCAGUAAGCAAGCCCCAGAACAGGGGACAGCACAGCAGGGAGCCCCUCAAGAACCAGGAGGCCAAAGAACCAAAGGCAAAGGGUGACCCAAAACCGCAGUCCAUCCCAAAAAGGCUGCCACAGGGGCAUUUCAAGGUGUCCCUGGAGACUUGUGAUGUGUCUGUCCCUGUAGGACCCGUGGCCCAGGCUGCACCAGCAGCUCCAGUGCUUUCCCUGGGAGAGGGGAGUGAAGCUACCGUAAUCAGCGAUGAUAGUGAGGAAGAUGAUGAUGUAGCUUCCUCUAAGUCCAGCAGCCCCCUACUCUUUGACUUGACUGUGGAUUCACAGAAGAACCUACAAUUCCCUGAUCAAAGUGUACAAAGACAAAUAUCUCCCGCCCCAAGUAUUUCGAAGAGGACAGAACCAUCAGACCCAGCAGCCCAACGUGCUUUCCUCACCACCCAACUGAAACAAAAGAAGGGCAUAUUGGCGUCAGUGAACACCCAGGCUCUUCCAGACAAGGGUCAGAAGUUGCUCAAGCAAAUCCAGGGGUUGGAGGAAGCACUUAGUACUCUCGCCAUCUCCCCAGAGCAAGAAAUGAAAGAGAAGAGUGACACUCAAAUACCACAACAGAGAAACUUAACUAAAAGUGCCAGUGACCCUCCCCACCUCGUGCCUCCACAACCCCUUCCAGGUCAUGAUUGGCAGCCCGUGUCUGCCUGCCAGGAAGCUGCUAGAGGAUUCAGUCAGUGCUAUGGAGGCCACACGAACCAAGAUCGCCUUCACGCAGUGUGGAAAAUCACAAGUGAAGCCAUUGAUGAGCUGCAUCGAUCACUUGAGUCACGACCUGGUGAAACAGCUGUGGCAGAAGAUCCAGCUGGAUUGAAGGUCCCAUUGCUUCUACACCAGAAACAGGCAUUAGCCUGGUUACUGUGGCGGGAAAGUCAGAAGCCGCAAGGAGGAAUUCUGGCGGAUGAUAUGGGCUUAGGAAAAACCCUGACAAUGAUUGCACUCAUCCUAACCCAGAAGAAUCAAGAGGAAAACAAAGAAAAAGACAAAAACCUGGCUUUGACGUGGCUUUCCAAAGAUGACUCUUCAGACUUUACCUCCCAUGGAACACUAAUUAUCUGUCCUGCUUCCCUGAUCCAUCACUGGAAAAACGAGGUAGAGAAACAUGUGAACAGCAACAAACUCAGAGUCUAUCUCUAUCACGGGCCAAACCGGAAUCAAAGUGCGAAAGUGCUCUCUACAUAUGACGUCGUGAUCACUACCUACACCCUGCUGGCCAAGGAGAUUCCCACACAGAAGGAAGAGGGAGAGACCCCAGGCCCAAAGCUCAGGGUGGAGGGCAUCUCAACACCUUUGCUGCGAGUCGUCUGGGCUCGAAUCAUACUGGAUGAAGCUCACAAUGUGAAGAAUCCCCGGGUACAGACAUCCAUAGCGGUGUGUAAGCUACAAGCGCAUGCCCGUUGGGCUGUCACUGGAACCCCCAUUCAGAACAACUUGUUGGACAUGUAUUCACUGCUGAAAUUUCUCCGUUGUUCUCCGUUUGAUGAGUUCAAACUGUGGAAGAGUCAGGUUGACAAUGGUUCAAAGAAAGGAGGAGAACGAUUAAGUAUUUUAACCAAGAGCCUUCUGCUGAGGAGAAUGAAAGACCAGCUGGACUCUACCGGCAAACCUUUGGUGGUGCUGCCCCAGCGCAAAUUUCAGUUGCACCAUUUAAAGCUCUCUGAAGAUGAGGAGACUGUUUAUAGUGUUUUCUUUGCAAGAUCAAGGUCAGCGCUGCAAUCCUAUCUAAAAAGACAUGAAAAUGGAGGCAACCAAUCUGGAAAGGAUCCUGAUAAUCCAUUCAGUAGAGUGGCACAGGAGUUUGGGCCCGGUGGACCAUGGCACUCUGUGGAAGCAGACUCGCAGAGACCCAGCACCGUCCACAUACUGUCCCAGUUGCUGAGACUCCGCCAGUGUUGCUGUCAUCUUUCUUUGCUGAAGUCGGCCCUGGACCCGACGGAACUGAAGAGUGAAGGCCUCGUCCUUUCCUUAGAGGAACAGCUCGGAGCUUUGACCUUGUCCGAACUCCAUGACCCGGGGCCGUCUUCCACUGUUUCCCUGAAUGGCACAUCCUUCAAGGUGGAGCUCUUUGAAGACACACGAAAGAGCACCAAGAUAUCAUCUCUGUUGGCAGAAUUGGAGGCAAUCCGAAGAAAUUCAAGGUCUCAGAAGAGUGUCAUCGUCUCUCAGUGGACCAGCAUGCUGAAAGUUGUAGCUUUGCACCUUAAGAGGCAUGGACUAACUUACGCCACCAUCGAUGGCUCCGUGAACCCAAAACAGAGAAUGGAUUUGGUAGAGGCAUUUAACCACUCCGGGGGCCCACAGGUCAUGCUGAUCUCCCUUUUGGCUGGAGGUGUUGGUCUGAACCUGACUGGAGGAAACCAUCUUUUCCUUCUGGACAUGCACUGGAAUCCAUCUCUUGAAGAUCAAGCUUGUGACCGAAUUUACCGAGUCGGGCAGCAGAAAGAUGUUGUCAUACACAGAUUUGUUUGUGAGGGAACAGUGGAAGAGAAGAUCUUGCAGCUUCAAGAAAAAAAGAAAGAUUUGGCCAAACAGGUUCUAUCAGGAUCUGGAGAAUCUGUCACCAAACUCACCUUGGCUGAUCUCAAAGUCCUUUUUGGCAUCUAACCUCCUAUUUAUAGGACUCAGAACCAUGCCAUUGCUGGCUUGUGUUAGGACCCAGGGAUAACAACCUAAACACAAUUCUUGAGUUUGUGCUUGGCAUUCCAUUUCACCAACAAGGUUUUACACUCUCCUCAAAAUGAGGAAUACUCUUACUCGUAGAACUGAGGAUGAGUUAUCAUGUUAUCCAACUGGUUCAUCCAUCGUGUUAAUCAGUCAGCUUAUUGAGUGAACAGCAGAGAAACGAAUCGGUUAUUUCGGGUAAAGAAAACUCUUCAGUUAUUUGAUUAUGGAAAACAGCUCUGGCAGAACUAUAUAUAAACUUUGGUAAAGUUCAAAAAGCUCUGUGUUGCCUUUUUCUUCCCAGCUGAUAGAAAACCAGUGUUACUGCCUCUCCAGCACCAGCUCCAUCCCCUCUCUCCAUCUGUCCUUGCCAACAAGUUUGCUCCUGUAACCACCUCUCUGUGAGCUGAGCAGUUGUCUCAGUCUAGGCAGUUUCCUCUCGGGCUCAAGAUCAAGGAAGUAUUUUACACAUCAACAGAUAUUGAGUGUCUGUGUCAUUGUAUCCGUGUGUCAUUUAGUAUUUGGGUCUUCGUAUCAUUUAAUAGUAUAUCACCUAGUAACAGUGUGUCACUAGGUUGUUGGCAUCACUGCUCAUUUAGUGUUUGUGUCAUUUAGUAUUGUAUCGCAG